UAAAAAAUCACCCGGCUGUUGUUUCAGCCAAGACAUUUAUUAUUUCAGGUGGUAAUUAUGCUAAUUUUGGCUCAAAUAGCGUGAAAAAUUGGUGAAACGUCGCCAUUGAUCCGUUACAAUCUGUCAUCUGUCAAAAAAACUCAUCGGGCUGGCAAAAUUCUCGUGAUGUAAAUGCAACUUCCGGCAUGUUUUCGAUAUCGAAAAUAUCGCGCAAGCCCCCCCUGGUGCAGUGUUUCAGUGCAUUCAGCGUCGAGAGCAUCUUCAAUGAGGAAAACAUUCGCAAAACCGUGGCGAAAUUCGCCAAAAUGCAGCCGGUAAAAACGCAACCUAAAACACCCACCAAGAACGCCGCGGUGCUAAUACCGCUAUGCGUCGUCGACGGCCGCGUGUCGCUACUAUACACACUACGCGCGGCAAAUUUGAAAACGCACCGGGGACAAGUGAGCUUUCCUGGAGGAAUGGAGGACGCGGGGGAUAAAACCGCCGAACAGACGGCGGUGAGGGAGACCGAGGAGGAGCUGGGGAUUGGACAGGACUCGAUCGACGUGUGGGGCAAAGGAAACGUGAUUGUUAGCAGAAAUGUGACAAGUGUACUGCCUGUGAUUGGUGCCCUCAAAAUUGAGGAUGUGAGGGAUUUGAGGAUUAAUCCUAGUGAGGUUAAGGAGGUUUUCACCGUUCCUUUGGAGGUGUUGUGUGACCCGGAACAUAUCAAACAUACGCAAUUUAGGACGAAUUAUUCACUGCCUGUGUUCACAGGAGGGAGGAGAAAAAUCUGGGGGCUCACCGCCAUCAUCACACAUCUUUUUUUGAAGGCUCUAAUGCCCAAAGAUGUGUACAACCCGAGUAUCAAAUUUAUACCCCCCUUAAAAGGCUCUCUCCCAUACCGUUUAUUGUAAUUGGGUUCUGAUUAAUAAAGUGUUUACGUUCACA